AUGACUAGUCUCGAACAAGGUGUUGCUAACCUUAACAUCUACAAAUCAAACUCCACUUCCAACAACUCAUCAGCAGUGAGCCUAAAACACGACUACAUUGAUAGCCCAUUUAGUGGAAAAAAGGACCAAUUUGAUCAAGUUUUGGAUGCUCUUGAUUCUACUGGGUUUAUUCCUGAAUCCUUGUUGGAAUCCGAAGCCAAAUGGUUUUAUGAAUCUUUGGGCAUUGAUGAUGUUUUUUUCGCCAGACUGACGCCUGAAGAAAUUGCUGGUCAUAUUCAUGCCUUGUACUCGUGUAAAGUUCAAGCUUAUGCCAAUGCUGGUGAACAACCAUUGAUUUCUUACAAAAGAGAAGCUGAAGAUCAUGCUGUGUUUUUUGACACAGUUGAUGCUUUGGAUUAUGCUAGAAACCCAUUUGAAAGUUUAAUUGAUGACAAGUACAUCGACCCUAGUGAUGCUGCAAACAAGAGUUAUCGUGCUGAAUAUUUUGCUGCUCCAUUGAAUUAUCAAACUGACCCAAUUUUGAAUGGUAUCUAUGCUCAAAAUAAGAAUCUCGGUGAACAAAUUGUUAGAUUGGUUUUUGUUUACAAGAAUCAAUUCAAAAAUGAAAAAGUUGCCACUGAUGAAUUGGACUUGGACAAGAUUGGUGAUGAGACUUUUUUGAAAAUUGCAUCACAAAAUACUAAAUCCUUGUAUGAAAGCAUCAACAAGGAAGUCAUCAAGUCAACUGGUCCAAUCAUCAAACAUUUCCAAAUUGAAAAUUCUGAUGAGUAUCGUGUAAUUAUUGGUUAUAGACAAAGCACAGCAGCAAGAUACAAUUCAGCAUUGAGUGACUUGGCCAAUUAUUACAAAUUGCAAACUACUAGAAAAUAUGUGGAACAAUUUGCGAAUGGAGUUACGAUCACAUCAAUGUAUGUCACUUCAAGACUGAGAUCAGCAGUUGACUUGUCGAUCUAUCAAGUGAUUAAAGAAGCUUCUUUGUUGUACUGUAUUCCUCACAAUUUUUUCCACACCAGAUUCAUUCAAGGUGAUUUGUCAUUACAAGAAUCAAUUUAUGCUCAAUCUGGAGUUAUUUUCGUAACUCACUUCUUGAAUCGUUUAGGACCAGAGUACAAAAAAUUAUCUUCAUUAUUGGAUCCUUCGAAAUCAACUGAACAUGCAGAAGUGUUGAGCAGUUUGAAAAAGAGAUUGAGGUCAGAGACGUACACUCAAGACUACAUCAAGGAAGUGUUCGACGUCAGAAGCGAAAUUGUUCGUAAAUUGUAUCGUCAAUUUGCUGAUGUUCAUUACAUUAGAUCCUCAAUGGAAAAGACUUUAUCUUAUCAAAGAUUAUCGCAAAUACAACCAGUUGGCUCCGAAGAAGAAUUUGAACAAUUGCUUAGUAGAGAAUGUUCUCAAAAUGAACAUCAUGCCAUUGUCUUGAGAGCUUUGUAUACUUUCAACAAGUCAAUCUUGAAGACAAAUUUUUACACUUCAACAAAGGUUGCCUUGUCAUUCAGAUUAGACCCUUCAUUCUUACCAGAAACUGAAUAUCCUGAACGUCCAUAUGGUAUGUUUUUCGUUGUUGGUUCUGAUUUCAGAGGUUUCCACAUUAGAUUCAGAGAUAUUGCCAGAGGUGGUAUUAGAAUUGUGAGGUCAAGAAAUUUGGAUGCUUAUAAUGUUAAUGCCAGAAAUCUUUUUGAUGAAAACUAUAAUUUGGCAAACACACAACAACGCAAGAAUAAAGAUAUUCCUGAAGGUGGAUCCAAAGGUGUUAUUUUGUUGGAUUCAGGUUCAGCACAAGAUCGCGCCCAAGCAAGUUUUGAAAAGUAUAUUGAUGCUUUAAUUGAUUUACUUUUGAAGCAGCAUAUUCCUGGUGUGAAGGACAAUUAUGUCGACUUGUAUAACAAGCCCGAAAUUUUGUUUUUGGGACCUGAUGAAGGGACUGCAGGAUAUGUUGAUUGGGCCACUUUACAUGCCAGAGAAAGAGGUGCACCAUGGUGGAAGUCAUUCUUGACUGGUAAAUCAGAAGCAAUUGGUGGUAUUCCUCAUGAUGAAUAUGGAAUGACUACAUUGUCAGUUAGAGCUUAUGUCAACAAGAUUUAUGAAAAAUUGAAUAUCGACAACUCCAAGAUUCGCAAGUUUCAAACCGGUGGACCCGAUGGUGAUUUGGGUUCCAAUGAGAUUUUGUUAUCAAGAGACGAAAUCUACGUUGGAAUUGUUGAUGGAUCGGGUGUUAUUGCCGACCCUAAUGGUUUGGAUAAACAAGAAUUGAUUCGUUUAGCUAAAUCCAGAAAGAUGAUUGAUCAUUAUGACCGUUCCAAGUUGUCACCGCAAGGUUAUAUUGUUCUUGUUGAUGAUUUCGAUGUAACCUUGCCUAGCGGACAAGUUGUUACCAGUGGAGUUGCUUUUAGAAACACUUUCCAUUUGAAGUUGAAGGAACAAUUUGGAACCAAUGGAGUUGAUCUUUUUGUUCCAUGUGGUGGUAGACCAGCUGCUAUUGAUACCAACAAUGUUCAUGAAUUGAUUGACGAAAAGACAGGUAAAUCGAUUAUCCCUUACUUUGUUGAAGGAGCUAAUUUAUUCAUUACUCAAUCAGCUAAAUUGGUUUUGGAAAAAGCAGGCACAAUUAUUUUUAAGGAUGCAUCUACAAACAAAGGUGGUGUUACGUCUUCUUCAUUAGAAGUUUUGGCAGCUUUGGCUUUUGAUGAUAAAGGAUUCUUGGAGAAUAUGUGUGUUGAUACAAAAACUGGUGAAAAGCCACAAUUUUAUCAAAAAUAUGUCAAAGAUGUUCAGAACAAGAUUGUUGCCAAUGCCAAUUCCGAAUUUGAAGCAUUGUGGAAAUUGAAGGCUGAAACUGGUAUACCAUUCACCAUCUUGUCUGACAAGUUAUCGCUUGCUAUUAACAAAUUGGGUGAUGAAUUAGCCAACUCAAAAGAACUCUGGGACGAUGAUGUUGAUUUCAGAAACGCUGUGUUGUUAGACUCAUUGCCUCCAUUGCUUUUAUCCACUGUUGGUAUUGAAAAUGUGUUAGCCAGAGUUCCACAAGCUUAUUUGAAGGCUAUUUUUGCAACUUAUUUGGCAUCACACUUUGUUUACUCAAGAGGCAUUGAUUCAAAUCCAGCUAAAUUCUUGGAAUUUAUUAGUAAUCUCAGAAAAGGAUUUGUGCAAAAGGGAUUGUUAAAGUAUUAA